AUAAUUACUUCUGGAGCUGUUGGAGCUGGAGCUGGAGCUGGAGCUGGAGCUGGAGCUGGAGCUGGAGCUGGAGCUGGAGCUGGAGCUGGAGCCGUUGGAACUGGAGCCGUUGGAACUGGAGCUGAAGAAGAAGAAGAAGAAGAUCUUAAUGCACCUCCCAAAGAUAUUGGAGCUCCACGUCAAGUUAAAACUGUAACUUAUCUGGCCGAUACUAAGAGAGGAUCAGAAACCAGUAAAUAUGAUGAUGAAGAACAAGAAGAAGAACAAGAAGAGGAUUCCGAAGAAGAAGAAAGUCAAGAACAAGUUGAAGCUAGACAAAGACAAGAAUAUCGUAAAUCUAUGGCUGCAGCUACAUUCAAUAUUGAUUUAUUUGAUAUUGAUGAUCCAGAUAAUACGUUAACUCAAGUGUUAUUAUAUUUAGAACAUCAAACUGUUCAAGUAAUUUCCACUAUUCAAUCAUUACUUGCUGCUAUUAAAAAGCCAAGUGCUACUAGAGGAGAUUUACGAGAAAAAUCUAAGGCUAUAACCAUUGUAAUUUCUCAAAUGACAGAAGCAACAAAUACAUCAAUGAAUCAAACUAGAAAUGCUCAAUUAAAGGAACAUGGUAGUUGGGUAGUUAAAAGUUUAGAAGAUUGUUAUCAUCGUAUGGAUAUCUUAUGUAAAAAGCCCAAAGAAAUGGCUGAUGAUGAACAUAAAUUUGCUGAUAAAAAUUUUAAACAAAGAUUAGCCGGGAUUUCAUUUGAUAUUGCUAAAUGUACUAAAGAAUUAGUUAAGACUGUUGAAGAAGCUAGUCUUAAAGAAGAUAUUGAACAACUUGAUGCCCGUAUUAAUCAACAUCAAUAGAGUGGUAGUAUAGUAGUAUAGUAGUAGUAUAGUAGUAGUAUAGUAGUA